GCCACCCUCCACCAAAGCAUGCUCUCGAGGUAUGUACCUGGUAUUCUAGUAGUAGCAAGGCUUCACUCCAGUUUUACAUGAUCAUGAUCAAUUAUACUUUUUCUAGCUCUGUCUCUGCUGAAUUUUCUGACUUCUCUCUCAAAUUUUCGUCGGUUCCAAUCUCAUCUCUCUAGACUCGGGGGAGCUAGCUUUAUUGAUUUCCUUACUCUUUUCAUUCACGCCAUUACCGUCCCGUCCUAGCAUUUCCCCCUUUUUCUUCUUAAUUCACUGCAGCUGCAGUACGAGUACCGAAUGAAUAAUUAUCACAAUCAAGAUACAGUACCGGUCCGUCGUUGAUCAGCAAUAACCGCUCUAUUGGGCACGAAACACGCAUUAGAUACGCAUUAGAUAAAUUGCGUAAUCAUCCCUUACCCUUUUUUUUUACCUUGCACAAUCCUCAAACAAUCAUUUUGAUAUUCGCUAUUUGAUAACGGCUUGGUAAAGAUCCGAAAUCGCAGGCAAGCAAGAAACCACAACAUAAUCGCGGGACACAAACACAACCACACCCACAAGACAUUGAAGAGAUCGGAGAGAGAGAGAAAGAGGGAGAGAGAGGCGUCAUCUCUAACUCAUUGGGUACCACGCCACUUUUCAUUCCUACACUCACUCUACGCUGUACGAUCGAUUACAAAUACUUUGAUAAAUUCGCCCACUCUUUUCUCCCGUCUUUUCUUUUCACAACGACAUACUGGUCAAGAGACAGACAGACACACAGACACACAGACAGAGAGAAAGAGUUCACACUCUUGAAAUCCUUCAAAGAUGGCGUGGUCAAAGUCAACACGCAUUCUGGUCAUGCUAUUGAUCGAUGCUGUAUUUUUCAUCGUAGAAUUGGGUGUUGGCUUAUGGGUGGGAUCAUUGGCAUUGAUGGCAGAUGCCUUUCACAUGUUGAACGAUAUCAUCUCUCUCGCAGUCGGACUCUGGGCUGUGAAAGCUGCGCGAAGAAAUACCACGGACAAAUAUUCUUUUGGAUUUUUAAGAGCGGAAAUCCUAGGCGCCUUUUUCAACGCCGUCUUCCUUAUUGCGCUUUGCGUAUCGAUUGUUCUCGAAGCUGUCGGACGUUUCUUCGAUCCACCUGAGAUUGGUGAACCAAAACUUAUACUUAUUGUUGGAUCAUUGGGAUUGGCAUCGAAUUUGGCUGGAUUCUUCGUAUUGGGUGGCCAUGGUCAUUCUCAUGGCCCAGGAGAUGGACAUUCUCAUGAUGAAAUCGCCGAUGCGGAAGAAGGACAUGCGCACAGCCACAGUCACAGUCACAGUCAUGCUCACGAAAGCAACUACGGGACGUAUAGGGAUGAGGUCGACGAAGAAAGUGGAAAUGCAGGCGAAGUUUUCCCCGAAGCUGUUGUAGCAAAAGCUACCGCCAAACGACAAGUACAAUUUACCAAGCCUGAUGAAGAUGCUUCGACAGCUCGCGAUAGCAGCAGUAUCAUGACUAGAUCGCCCAGCAGAAGUUCCAAGCAACACUCUCAUCGAAGACGAACGAGCAAGUCUCAAUUCUCUAGUUUGGACAACCUAAGCAUCCACCCCGCAAGCUUUCGACAAGAUAUCAUCGCUGCAAGCAAGACACAAUUGGAUGGAAUCGAAAGCGAGGAUUCCAGUGACCCAGAUGACGACACCCAUGCCCAUUCUGGACCAGCACCAACCGAAAAUAGUCCUCUCCUUUCGCAUGAUCACGACCAUCACGCAGAUACUCAUGCUCAUAGCCAUGAUCACAACGACGAAGGCCAUCAUGAACAUCGUUCGAGUCGUCAAUCUAAGCAUGCGGCGCAUAAUCACAACAACAAGUCCAAGAAGAAGUCCGGUGGCCAUGGUCACAAUCAUGAUGAUAUGGGAAUGAAUGCUAUGAUCCUUCACGUUAUUGGUGAUGCUCUGGGAAAUGUUGGAGUUAUUGUCACUGCUUUGAUUAUCUGGUUAACUAACUGGCCUGGCCGUUUGUAUGCUGAUCCUGCUGUAUCACUUUUCAUUACCAUCAUUAUUCUUCGAUCUUGCAUUCCGUUAACCAAGGCUACCGCUCAAAUUUUACUACAAGCUACACCAGAUUCGAUUGACGUUGCACUUAUCAAAGAAGACAUCGAGAACUUUGACGCCGUGAAGGGUUGUCAUCAUGUCCACAUUUGGCAACUUAGCGACUCCCAACUUGUUGCAUCCAUGCAUAUACAAGUUGCCUUCCCAAUAGGGGAAGAUGGCGGAGAGAAAUACAUGCAGUUGGCUAAGGAGAUUCGAGAAUGCUUACACGGCCAUGGUAUCCACAGCGCAACUCUUCAACCAGAAUUUUGCCUUGAUAAAGAUCAUGAUCAUAUUUUUAAUGGUUCAGUCGGAUUAGAUGGUCAGGUUCAGACCAAAUGUGGGAUGGAGGAUGACGACUCAUGCUUACUCGAAUGUAUCGAUAAUUGCAAGGGAAAGGGAUGUUGUUCGACACAGGCGGUAGAGCCUCAACAUGACCAUUCAGACCAUGAUGGUCACUCUCAUUAGAUUUCUUUCAUUAUUUCCUUUGUUUUGUAUCUCUCUUACCCACGAGGAAGAUACUCGCUUCUAAUGUACCUUUACUUGAAUUGUUUCUUCCCUGGCAUUGCAAAUGGUAUUUUGGGACUGGCUGGGAGUAAAACAUUCAUACAUAUACAGUCGAUUGACUUGAACCUUAAUGAUGGGUGCAAGAAGUGCGAUGUGGCGUUUGAUGCAAGUCAAUUGACUAAUUUUUGCUGGGGAGAGAUGUAAAAAGGUAUGAAGGAAAUGGAUAUAUCAUCUAUUUUUUCAGUACAGGACAGGAGUGAAGACUUUUAUAAGCGAGCUUCCUCGAUGGAAUUUUUUUGAUUAAAAUGGGUUUUGGAGGAUGGGGGGGAGAUAUGUUUUAAUGGUGUCGAAAAGUCAUAGGUGAUAGAGGGGACCUUUGUACAGUAAAUAUGAGUAGUAGGGUAUAAAAGUUUCUUGGGUGGUUGUUGGGUUAAGGGAUGAAAUAAGAUACGAUGGAGAUAGGAUGAGCAACAAUCGAUGAUUCUAUAGACGUUUAUGCUUUUAUUCAGCGCUGUUCAUCAUUACCGAUUCUA